AUGUACGACUUCAAGUCCAUCGCCGACUUCAAGUCCAUUGCCAACUUCAAGUCCUUUGCUGACUUCAAGUCCAUUGCCGACUUCAAGUCCGCCUUACGGUAUGCUGAUAUAAUAGUCAGAAAACACUUUGCUUGUGAUUACGACUUCCCUGUGAAGGAAGGUGCCAUGCUGGACUGCAGGUACGAGGUAGUAUCCUUCAUCGGAGAGGGGGUCUAUGGAAAAGUUGCCAAGUGUGACGACAUUGAAACAAACAAAAGAAUAGCCAUCAAAAUAAUCAAAUUUGGCAAUGAAGAAGAAGCACAGAAAGAGAUUCAAAUUCUCAAGCAGCUUCAGACACUGGAUGACAAAGGCCAUUUUGUGAGAUGGUAUGGCUCAUUUUUCCAUGAGGAUGUCAUCUGUCUGAACUUCGAGCUCUUGGACCUCAGCCUGUUUGAUUACAUGGUGCAGAGAAAUUUCGAGUCCAUGAGCAUGGCUGAGAUUCACCCAAUUUUGCAUCAGGUGACCACUGCACUGAUGCAUUUGGAGAUCCUGGAAAUCAUCCACAGUGACCUGAAACCAGACAACAUCAUGAUUGUGGAUCGCAGGCAGCAGCCACUGAAAGUCAAGCUGAUUGACUUCGGUCUGGCUCACCGUGUGUCCGACGUUGAAGCAAUCAAAUGUGUGCAGGCUCUGUGGUUCAGGGCUCCAGAGGUCAUUCUUGGUAUCUCAUACAAGAAUUCAAUAGAUGUGUGGUCGCUGGCUCUCAUUGUAGCAGAACUUGCUGUGGCCUUCCCUAUCUUUCCAGCGAUAGAUGAACAGCACAUAAUGAAGUUCAUUGUGAACACACUGGGUCAGCCACCAGAUGAUCUGCUUAACGCUGGAGUGUUCAGCAACACGUUCUUUAAUUCUCAGGAGGGAAUAUGGGAACUGAUGGCUCUAGAAGAGGUCGAUGAUCCUGAGGAAGUCAACGAUACGAGAUGUUUUAACUCUCUACAGGACUUGGAGAAGUUGAUUUUUUGGGAACAUCACACUGAGGAGGACGAGGUUCGAGACUUUGUGGACGUCCUGAAAAAGAUGCUGCAUUUGGACCAAAAUCAACGAAUAAAACCUUGUGAAAUGCUGGAGCAUCCGUUCCUCUCUGUUGGAGCCCACUAA